AUGGCAACGGCUUCAGAGAUCCGACUUCGUCCCCAUUUGGGCGUCGCCCGCGUCACCGACACCAAUCCGGAUGGGUCGCUGGAGGCGGCGAAUCGACUUCUCCAGAAGAACCACAACGAGCAUCACAUUUUCUGGCGGAGUGUUGCUGGCCAUAACCACGUCGUCCACUCGGUUCUGAACAUUCUGGCCCUCGGCGGCGGGCCCAUAGAACUCCAGCGGGCAUUUGACGAUGGGGCCGACAUCCAGGCGCCAAUUCCUCCACUGGAUCCGGACGCAGUGGCCCGCAUGAGCGUUCCAGACCAGUUUCGGGCGCGGAUGGGCUUCCUAGAUCAGUAUCCAAACUUCCUGGCCUUCUUCACCAAAGAGAUAGGAACCAAGGGAUACCCGGCUGCCAUAGUCGAGUACUGCUUCAGUGACACGUCCAUCGCCGAGAGCAUGUUCGCGAAUCUGUUCGAAGGCUUGUACCAUCCGCUAAUCCACCUGGCACUUGGGAUCGAGUUCGACCAGCCUAGUAUCGUUGCAGAAGGCCUCGCACAGGCCGCCUGCCAUGACUCCAUGGGUAUUGAACCAUUCUUGCUCGGUGCCGAGAAGAAAGAAAAGACCCAGCAGGCCACAAUCGACCUAGACGCACCGUUGAUAAGCCUAUUUCAUGCUGUGCGAGACAACGACGUUCUUCGCACCGCAGCCCACGGGAGCUACGAUGAUGGUCCGGCCCGGGUGCGCGAUGGCAUCUUGGGCAGUGCCCGAGAGGAGAUCACCUCGAUUGCAGCCAGGUUCCGAGUCGAUGUCGAUCGAUUGAAUCGCCGAGCGGCCGAGAUGAUCAACUGCGCGGCUUACCUAGCGGGGUCGGCACAGAAGCCGGGGAAGGCUCGUAAGAUUGACUUCUUCCACCUGCACACCGUCACUGCGUCGCUGGGACUGAUUGUGUUGCUCCGGCAGCCUUGGAUCGGCGCAGAGCACAAAGCACGCCUGAUCGAGUGGAAAGCCCGCGUCGACCUGGCGUGGUAUGCGGCCAGCGGUGCUGUCGAGCUGCGUCUCCAGGACAUCGUGGAAUACGAGCCUUAUCAGAGGUUGAACUGGGAAAGUCUUUACCAGGCAGUCAUGCGUGUGCAUGACGAUGGGCACUUGGCCAAGUUUGUCCGGGCUUUGAAGGCCGGAGAGCAGAUCUCAGCACCCUUUGAGCGAGGGAAAUGGGCCAACGCGUUCCCCAUUAAGGGGCCCAUGUGGCUGCGGAUCGCACAGAUGGCAUAUGAGUCGAGUGCCGGUCGCCCAAUCGAAGAAAAAUGGAUUUGGGGAGUGGGAUUUGAGCAGAACUGGGCUACAGUGCCGUCGUUAGCCUAG